UAAAAAGUAGCUCUUCCUCGAAGAGCCAAACAAUCCCUUUUUAUUCCUUUAUUCUCUAAUUUCUCAGGCUUCCAUUUUGAAAAUUAGGGUUCUCUUACCUUGCUCUCCUUUCACAGUCAAAUCUCUAAACCCUAACGCCGUCGAUCUCUCUCUACUAGCCGUUACCCCCUCUUUCCCGCCAAUUUUACUUCAUCUCAGCUGUUCACCACUCUCCAUCUAAAACACCAACUGUUAGAUCUGCGCCUUUUUUCUACCAGCUUCUUUUCAAUCUCGCCGGAAAUGUCGGCCGUUGAAGCGGAGAAGAAGGCUGCAGAGGAGACGAAGGUAGAAGAGAAAGGAGGGGAGCUGUUGUUCUGUGGCGCCGCCUGUUGGGAUAAUGUUGGUCGCAAGAAAGGUGCACCGGAAGGCAACUUGGUCUCCCCUACUCGGCUACGUCCUCUUGUUGGUGUCGAUAUCCGCGUCGUUGCCUCAGGUUCCGCGUCGUGUCACUGUGUGGCAUUGGAUGCUGAGGGGCGUUGCUACACAUGGGGACGCAAUGAGAGGGGGCAACUGGGUCACGGAGACGCCAUUCAGCGCGAUAGACCAACAGUCGUUUCUGAACUUUCCAAGUAUAAACUUAUUAGAGCUGGAGCUGGUAGGAGCCAUUCAGUAGUGGUUACUGAAGAUGGUUUAUCUCUUGCAUUUGGCUGGAAUAAACAUGGGCAGCUGGGUUCUGGCUCAGCAAGAAAUGAAAUUGAGUCAUCUCCUGUUCGCUGUCUUGUGUCUGAUGUCAAAACUACUGCUUGUGGCGCUGACUUCACGGUGUGGUUAUCCUCUGUUGAAGGAGCUUCUAUAUUAUCUGCUGGCCUUCCACAGUAUGGUCAACUUGGACAUGGAACAGACAAAGAGUACAAUACAAAAGACAGCUCGGUCAGGCUGGCAUAUGAAGCCCAACCUCGCCCUAAAGCGAUAGCUUCUCUUGCUGGGGAAACCAUUGUGAAAGUUGCAUGUGGAACAAAUCAUACAGUGGCUGUGGAUUCAAAUGGUUAUGUUUACACGUGGGGCUUCGGAGGUUAUGGAAGGCUUGGACAUAGAGAGCAGAAGGAUGAGUGGGUCCCUCGGCGCGUGGACAUCUUCUCAAAGCACAAUGUUUUGCCUCCUGGUGCAAUUAUUUCAGCUGGUUCUGUGAGUUCUGCUUGUACUGCAGGAGGUGGACAGUUGUAUAUGUGGGGCAAAAUAAAAAAUACUGGUGAUGACUGGAUGUAUCCUAAACCUCUCAUGGAUUUAAGUGGUUGGAAUUUACGUUGCAUGGAUUCAGGAAACAUGCAUCAUUUUGUUGGUGCUGAUAAUUCCUGCAUAAGUUGGGGGUAUGCUCUGAAUGGAGAACUGGGAUACGGCCCUAAUGGUCAAAAGUCUUCAGCAGUGCCCAAGAAGGUAGAUAUUCUGGAGGGCAUGCAUGUUAUUGGUGUUGCAUGUGGCACGGGCCAUUCCAUGGUCAUAGUUGACAGGACGAAUGUUGGUGAUGGACUUGAUCAGCUUGAUGUCUAUGAUGGAAAAGCUUCUGAUGAAGGUAGUGGGGAGCCUGGGAGUAAAGACCAUGUUAAGCAAAGUGGAAAAAAGGGACCUGCUAAAGCUACUGAUAACUCCAGAAAGAGGAAGUCAAAGGAUGCAUCAGAAUCUGAAGAAGAGAAUAGCAAUGAUGAAAGUGACGCCAGUGAUGAUCAAGUCAAUGGCAAGACAGAAAAGAAGAGCAUACGUGGUGGAAAGAUUUCUGGUACGGGUCAAAGUAGAGGUGGAAAAAAAUCUUCAUCCGCUGGAAAGAGUACUGGACGCAGGCAGGGCCGCUCUCCAUCGGCAAAUAAAAGCGCAAAUUCUUCUCUAGAAAAAACUGGCAAGAGAGGAAGGCUACGCAGGUCAUAACUAACAAUUCCCAGGUUCCAAUAAGAAAUUUUGUUCUCUCAAUGUAGAGAAUUGUACCAUCGCAUGCAUUAACUGCUGUAAUUUGCGUUCAUUUUUAAUUGCUUUAUAUUUUCAAUCUUCAAUUGCCCCCGCAUUUUUUCUGUUUUCUUCACGGAAACAAUUUUUAUGGGCUGGCUCUUGAUGGCUUGGAGGCCUAGGAGAAUUGUAUGAUUUCAGUGGC